CCCUAACGUAAAACCCUAAAGAUCUGUUGUUGCUUUUCUCAGGAAUAUCGAUCAUGGCCACUUCGGUGCUUCUCAGGUGUUUGAAGCGUCGUGAUCUUCAGUCCUCUUCUCUAGCGGCUUACAGAUCUUUGACUGGCAAUGCAAAGACAUCGGUGUCUACAUCCCCUGCGGUUCAGAAAUGGGCAAGUUAUAUAAGACCAUUCAGCUCAAAGCCUGUUGGGAAUGAUGUUAUUGGUAUUGACUUGGGUACAACCAAUUCAUGUGUUUCAGUCAUGGAGGGGAAGAAUGCUAAGGUGAUUGAGAAUUCAGAAGGAGCUCGGACUACGCCAUCAGUGGUUGCCAUAAAUCAGAAAGGGGAGCUCAUUGUUGGAACCCCAGCUAAACGCCAGGCCGUGACCAAUCCAACAAACACUGUCUUUGGAACUAAACGUCUGAUUGGGAGGCGAUUUGAUGACCCUCAGACACAGAAAGAAAUGAAGAUGGUGCCAUUUAAGAUAGUCAGAGCUCCCAAUGGAGAUGCUUGGGUGGAAGCUAAUGGGCAGCAGUAUUCCCCUAGCCAGAUUGGGGCAUUUGUACUUACCAAGAUGAAAGAAACUGCAGAAGCUUACCUUGGGAAAACUGUGUCUAAAGCUGUUAUUACAGUUCCAGCUUAUUUUAAUGACGCACAAAGACAAGCAACUAAGGAUGCUGGGAGGAUAGCAGGUUUGGAUGUGCAAAGGAUUAUUAAUGAACCAACUGCUGCUGCUCUUUCCUAUGGGUUAAAUAACAAGGAAGGUCUCAUUGCUGUUUUUGAUCUUGGCGGUGGAACUUUUGAUGUUUCUAUUUUGGAAAUAUCUAAUGGCGUGUUUGAGGUUAAAGCAACAAAUGGAGACACCUUUUUGGGAGGGGAGGACUUUGACAAUGCUCUGUUAGAGUUCUUGGUGAGCGAGUUCAAGAGAACUGAAGGAAUUGAUCUUACAAAGGACAGGCUUGCUCUACAGAGGCUCCGAGAAGCAGCUGAAAAGGCAAAAAUAGAACUCUCAUCGACAUCCCAGACUGAUAUCAACCUGCCAUUCAUAACUGCUGAUGCUUCUGGUGCAAAACAUUUAAAUAUCACCCUAACCAGGUCAAAGUUUGAGGCUUUGGUGGACAAAUUGAUUGAGAGAACAAGAAAUCCAUGCAAGAGUUGUUUGAAGGAUGCAGGUAUAUCAGUCAAGGAGGUUGAUGAAGUUCUUCUUGUUGGAGGGAUGACCCGUGUUCCUAAGGUACAAGAAGUGGUAGCAGAGAUCUUUGGCAAGAGUCCAAGCAAGGGUGUUAACCCUGAUGAGGCUGUUGCAAUGGGAGCUGCCAUUCAAGGUGGUAUCCUUCGUGGGGAUGUUAAGGAGUUGCUUUUGUUGGAUGUAACUCCACUUUCACUUGGUAUUGAGACUCUUGGUGGUAUUUUCACCAGGCUGAUCAACAGAAAUACGACUAUUCCUACAAAGAAGUCACAGGUUUUCUCUACAGCAGCUGACAACCAGACUCAGGUUGGGGUUAAAGUACUCCAGGGUGAGCGGGAAAUGGCAACUGACAAUAAGCUCUUGGGUGAGUUUGAGCUCGUUGGCAUCCCACCUGCUCCUAGGGGCAUGCCACAAAUUGAAGUUACAUUUGAUAUUGAUGCCAAUGGGAUUGUUACUGUGUCUGCCAAGGACAAGUCAACUGGUAAAGAACAGCAGAUAACUAUUCGGUCAUCUGGAGGCCUCUCAGAUGACGAGAUCGAAAAGAUGGUUAAGGAGGCUGAGUUGCAUGCUCAGAGAGAUCAGGAGAGGAAAGCAUUGAUUGACAUUAGAAACAGUGCAGACACGACCAUAUACAGUAUUGAGAAGAGCUUGGAUGAGUACAGAGACAAGAUUCCAGCUGAGGUCGCAAAAGAGAUUGAGACUGCUGUGGCUGAUCUGAGAGAUGCCAUGCAGAAGGAGAAUAUAGAUGAGAUCAAGGCAAAGCUUGAUGCUGCAAACAAGGCAGUUUCAAAGAUUGGACAACAUAUGUCAGGAGGCUCUGGUGGGGCAGCCUCCGGAGGGUCUGAGGGCAGUACUAGUAGUGACCAAACCCCUGAGGCAGAGUAUGAGCAGGCCAAGAAGUAGAGGUUGGCGGUUUUGUAUUUAAAUUCAGAGGUAGAGCUUACAACAGAACUCAUGAAGGAAGAGCAGAUGCUCAAAUCCAUUUUUGUUUGCUUUCAUAAGUUACUUUUUAGGAAAGGGCAAGCAGAGACAUUUGAUUAUUACCACAAUUAAAUAUUCUUCCAAUAAUAUUCAUGUCAUUUCAAUGUGUUGCAGAGGCCCUUUUAGUGAUAUGUUUUACUUGACAUCGAUUUCUUGUUGAGAAACCUUUUUAAUUGAUUCCCAAUUAGGGUUUGGAUUCA